AUGAAGGAAGAGUCAAUUUCACUGGAAUUAGAACAUAGACAAGAAGAUGAAUUAAAUAGUAUUGAAUCAAUUUACGGUGAUAUAUUCAAAAAUAUAACUCCCAAGGAUCUAAUAUGGAAUAGAAAGCCACCUCCUCAUUUUCAAGUAAACUUAUCAUCACAUGAAGUACCUGAUAAUCCUGAAGUAUCAAUUGUAUUGGAUAUAGAGUUUACUCCAACAUACCCAUUAAGCUCUCCAAAAGUCAAGUUUUUGAAUCCGAAUAAUUUGUUGAAGGCUCAUGUUGCCAAAUUAAAAUCAAAGGUCGAUGAAUUAAUAAAAGAAUAUAAAGAAGAAGAAGUAUCAUUUACCAUUAUCUCCGAACUGAAGUUCAUAUUAGAUGAGAUCCAAUCAACGACAGGAAAAGUUUUAUCAUUAGAGGAAGAGAGGGAACAAAGAUUGAAAAAUGAAAGAAAAGCAUUAGAAGAAAAAGAAGCAAGGCAACAAAGAGAUAAGGAAUUGUCAACUAAAAAAAGAAGCAAAGAAUUGAAUGAACAAAUCCAGAAAAUCAAAAAAGAGCUAGUAGAAGAAUCAGAUGACGAAGAUGAUAUUGAGGAUAUAGUUCCGUUACCGGUUGAUCAACAAAAUUAUUUUGUGUUUGAGAAUGAAAUGGAGGAUUCUUUACCCAAUAGCAGAGUCAAGUUCAAGUUCAGAGCAGUUUCUGGCUUUAUCAAAUAUACUAAAAAGGGAACAUUUAGUUCAAUUGGUAGACAAAUGAUAGUGAAGCCUUUUGUUACGAAAGAGAUCCAACAAUUAGCAGAUAGACAAGGGCUUGAGUUGACUUACCUACUAACGGAGAUUGAUUUGACCAAUUUACACUGGCAAAAAGAUAAAGGUAAACACGAAAUUCAAGAUCUUGAAAAAGAACUUCAAAAUUGUUUAAAGUUGAAGGAUCCUCAUAUUUUAAAGCUUAUAGGUUUUCAAAUUGAUAAAGUGCAAGGCUGGAAAGUACGACUAUUGAACGAAUUUUCAUUUGUUGCUGAGUCGUUGAAUGAUAUGAUACCUUCAAAAGGUGGCGUGAGUUUACCUUUGACUAGGAAAUGGUUGAUGGAUUUGAUACCCGUUAUAGAGCAAUUGCAUAACUCAGGAAUCAUACACAAACUGAUCAGUUCACUUACCGUCGUAAUUUUUGAUGACGUAACCAUUGUUGACAAUAGUGCUUAUUCGGAAUCAAAUAGUUCUGCUUUGAAUGACUUUAAAAUCAUCAAAUUAUGUCACCCAUCUUACGGUUAUAAAUUGAACCAUAUGAUUGAAACUUAUCCAAAUGAAGGUCUGAGCAAAUUUUUGAAAGAUAAAUUUCAGUUACCAGAGUCAUGGAAGGCUCCAGAAAUUAAAAAUACUGGCAUGUACAAUCCUAAAACAGAUGUUUGGGAUUUGGGAGUGUUACUCUUGAAAUUAUUCAUGGGCAAAGACACUUUAAUCAAAGACUUUCCAACACCAGAUGAUUUUCAUAAAAAUUUCGUUGAGAAAAUGAAGCUCCAGAAUGAAGAAUACGCUGAGCUGGUAUAUGACCUUUUACUGAAAUUAUUGCAGCUGAAAUCCUCCAAAAGACCAACGUUGAUGGAAUUGAAUGCGAUAAAGUUUUUACGUGAUGGACCUGUCCUAAAGCAAAAUCCUUCUUUGCAUUACCUUAAUAAAUUUCCAAGAUCGCCCACAAUGAAAACGCGACGAAAACUUUCAAAUGAAUUGAAAAAUCAAGAAACCAAUAGCUUGAACUCAGAGUCACAAAAACAAAAAAACAGUAGGUACAAUAGAGAUUUUGAAGAGAUAGGUAGAUUGGGUAAAGGCGGGUUUGGUGACGUGGUGAAAUCUCGUAAUAGAAUGGAAGGAACUUUUUACGCUAUUAAAAAAAUCAAGCAUCGAGCAAAUAAAUUGGAUUCAAUUUUGAGUGAAGUAUUGUCCUUGGCGAGAUUAAAUCAUCAAUAUAUUGUACGCUAUUACAGUACCUGGGUUGAGGAAGAUGAGGAAUUAGACAAUAACAAUAAGGACUCUGAUUUGUCUUCUGUCGUUCCAACUGUGGAUGAAGAGGCCAUAGAAGCGGAAGAGAAUGACACCUCCAAUUUGCAACUUACAAGUUCUUCUUCCUACUUGCCUGCGUAUAAUAGCUCAUUCCAAGUGGAUUACAUUUCAAGAUCAUUUGAUCCAAAUACUGAAUUUGACGAUGAAUCAUUUGGUAAUAGAUUUGAAGAUGACGAUGAUGAAGAUGGGUUUGUUUUUGCAAAUUCAACUGACAUAGACAAUUCGAAUGAAAAGGAGGAAAAUGCCGAUACAACGGCACUGUCAUCAAGUAAUGAUAUAGCUGUGGUGACACAUUCACCUAAAAAUAAACAAGUUUUAUUUCCAAAAUCUAUACUUUACAUUCAAAUGGAGUUUUGUGAGAAUAAUACAUUAAUGAACUUGAUUGAACAAGGCUUACCAGGAAAUCCGAAUGAGUAUUGGAGACUAUUUCGACAAUUGUUGGAAGCCGUAUCUUACAUUCAUCGAGAAGGAUUUAUUCAUAGAGAUUUGAAACCAAUGAAUAUUUUCAUAGAUCGAUCAAACAAUAUAAAAGUGGGAGAUUUUGGGCUCGCUAAAAAUUCACAAUUCUUACCAUCGAUUCAACAAAAAUUACAAAUUGAUAAAACUGCAAAUAAAAAUGGUGGUGGUGAUUUGUCGACUGUUGUUGGAACUGCUUUGUAUACUGCUCCGGAAGUAGCAUCAGGUAGGUAUGAUGACAAGGUUGAUAUGUUUUCCUUAGGGGUGAUUUUUUUCGAAAUGUGUUAUCCAUUAGCUACCGGUAUGGAAAGAGCAAUGAUUUUGAAUAAGUUGAGACAACAAGUGUAUCCCUCAAAUUGGAAGAAUUCAUUAGAGAAAAAUAUUGUAGAACAAUUGUUGAAUCAUAAUCCAGAGGAAAGACCAAGUGCAUCCGAUCUAUUACAAAGUAGCAACUUACCAAUAGAGCAUCAAGACCAAGUAAUAAGAGAAGCAUUAAAAUCAUUGGCUGAUCCCGCAUCGCCAUGGCAACAACAAGUUAGAGAAACUUUAUUCAAUCAGCCAUACUCGCUAGCAAAAGAUCUACUAUUUGACAGUGGAAAUACGUACUCAGAAUACCUGGCUGGUGAUUAUUUAUUAUUCAAUAAAAUUGUGCAUGAACUAGUCGGAAUUUUUCAUAAACAUGGAGCUGUUGAAAAUAUUAAUACCAAUUUAGUUCUACCAAAGAUUCCAAAUUUACAAAAAAAUCAAGUUUAUGAAUUUUUGGAUAAAAGUGGAUCAGUCGUUACAUUGCCUUAUGAUUUAAUUUUACCGGUUGCUAGAUUUCUUAGUAAAAACGAGGUGAAUGUAUCAAAAUUUUUUCGACAUGAAUUUGUUUACAGACCAAAUUUGAGAGGUGUUGGAAUGCCAGAGAAAUAUAGUGCUAUGAAUUUUAAUAUCAUUAGCUCUUUGGAUAGUGAUAUUAUAAAUAAUGAUGCCGAAUGUAUUAAAAUUGCUGAUGAAAUUUUACACAUGAUACCAGAUCUACCAGUUCAGAAAGUAAUAUUAAUCAAUAGUCAUGAAAUUUUGAAUUCUGUGGUUUCUUUUGCAUUUGAAAACGUACCAAUUGAGGAUAAAAAGAAAAUAGACGUCUUUCAAGUGCUAUCUCAAUUGGGUAUUGAUAAAACUAAUAAUGAGGUGAAAAAGAUACUACGAGAAGACUUUCAAAUACCACGAACUGUAAUUGAAGAUUUAAUUGGGAAUUUUAAAUUUACUUGUUCCAUACACGAAGCCAGGCACAAACUUCAAAAACUAAUGAUAGAUUCACCACAUUUGAUAAAAGUUGAAAAGUCCUUUGCAUAUUUAAUAAAAGUAUUAGAGAUACUCAAACAAUUUCAAGUACAAAGUGAAAUAUUAUUCAAUCCAUUGGUUAAUUAUGAUAAUCAGUAUUAUCGUCAUGGGCUCAUGUUCCAAGCUGUUCUAAAAAGCGAAAAAUCUAAAAGACUUAAUAGAAUUAUCACAGGCGGUAGAUUUGAUUCAUUGAUCAAUUCAUUUAGAGAUAUUUCAGUUACCACAACAAGUUCAAAUUCAUCAAAACAAUAUAACGCCGUGGGAUUCACCUUAACAACGUCAUUUUUAUUCACAUUAAUGAAAAACAUAAUAUCUAGAAAGAUCCCAAAUAAAAUUGAUUUACUUAGAUGGAAAGGUAAUCGAUGUGAUGUAAUUGUAAGUUCCACGCAACAAGAUAAUAUUGAUAUUUGUGGUUAUGAAAUACUUGGAAAAUUAUGGUCAAAGAACAUUAGUGCAGAUAUUUUAAAUGCUAGAACUCAAGAUGAAAUAAUUCACCAAGCUCAUUUGGAUGGGGCGCAAUUUGUUGUAUUAAUAAGACAAUCUCAACAACUUGUUAAUAAAAAGCAUAGUAAAAAAUCAUCCAUCUACAAACCACUUAAAAUCAAAUGCCUAAGGUCCGGGAAAGACGCAGAUUUUGAUAACUAUGAUGAUUUGGUACAAUUUUUAUCCAUCGAAUUAGGUGAAGAUGAAACAGUAGUUCAAGAAUACGAUGAAGAUGAAAUUGAAACUGAAUACGAUGAAACAAAGACAGAAGAAAGCACAAACUUGAUAGAACUAAAUCAAAAAGUUAUUGUUGUUAAUAAUGAAGCACCAAGAGGUCGUAAAAAUAAUAAACGAGAAAGAUGGGAAGUUGAAAACAAAGCAAAAUCAAUAGGUUCCAAAACUAUACAAAGUUUAGCUCAAGGUCCAGUAUUAACAUUUGAUUUAAGAGAUGAAGUAUUGGAUAUGAUUAGUAUAACUUCAAUACAUCAACAAGAUGAGUGGAUUAGAAAAGUUGUUUUCAGUUCUAAUAAUUUACCAAAAUCUUUUGCAAUGAAUAUUUUAAAUAAUUUAGUGAAAGAACUGUUAAAGGGUCAUAAAUGGUGUAUUUUGGUUUCUUCAAGAACUCAUUACACUACAAUUGUUGAUUUAAGACGAUAA